CACCCACUGGAAAUCCAGUCCCUUUUCUAUUCAGCAUUACUUUGUGCACGAGAGAUGCUUGCUCCAGAGGAUGGAUCAGUCGAUCUUAUUCGAGCACUCAACAACCGUCUGGUAGCUCUGUCAUUUCAUAUCAGAGAGUAUUAUUGGGUUGAUUUGAAAAAACUGAAUGAAAUCUACCGAUACAAGACUGAAGAGUACUCAUAUGAUGCAGUUAAUAAGUUCAACAUUUACCCAGAUCAAAUUUCUUCAUGGCUCGUGGAAUGGAUGCCCAAUAAAGGAGGCUAUCUAAUUGGAAAUUUGCAACCAGCUCAUAUGGAUUUCCGAUUUUUUUCUUUGGGAAACUUGUGGUCUGUAAUAAGCAGUAUUGCGACAACAGAUCAGUCACAUGCUAUUUUGGAUCUAAUUGAAUCCAAAUGGGGAGAUUUGGUGGCAGACAUGCCAUUUAAGAUUUGUUAUCCUGCUCUUGAAGGCCAGGAGUGGCAGAUUAUCACUGGAAGUGAUCCUAAGAACACGCCCUGGUCCUACCAUAAUGGAGGUUCCUGGCCGACUCUGCUAUGGCAGCUCACUGUUGCUUCCAUAAAGAUGAAUAGACCCGAAAUUGCAGCAAAAGCUGUUGAGGUUGCUGAAAAACGGAUAUCGCGAGAUAAGUGGCCAGAAUACUAUGACACCAAAAGGGGUAGGUUCAUUGGAAAACAGGCACGCCUGUUCCAGACCUGGUCAAUUGCAGGAUACCUUGUGGCAAAACUCCUGCUUGCUGAUCCUAGUAAAGCCAAGAUUUUGACAACUGAAGAGGAUUCUGAACUGGUCAACGCCUUCUCCUGCAUGAUUAGUGCUAACCCAAGAAGAAAGCGUGGUCGAAAGGAUUUGAAGCAGACCUACAUUGUAUGAGUCUGGUUCCGUUAUGAUUCAGCUCCAGACUGCUAGUUUCGAUUGUCUACGUACGGCCAAGUAUUAUUCUGAUUUUAUUAAAUUAUUUUGGUGAUUAUUUGGGAAUUGGCUUAGUGUCAGAUAGCACUUUGCUUGUUCCGUUUGGAUAAGCUGAUAUAUUUCAUAAGCUUAUUCAUGCAACACUAAAUUCUGUUGUAAAGAUUAUGUACUUUGACUUUAAAUUUACAGUGACCCAUUUGAAGCAUCCUGUUAUUGUAUGAAGUUAUGAACUCUAGAGACAGUUAUUUGUAGAUAUAUAUAUCUCAGAGUUACAAAAUC